CCCAUGGAGCACGGAGGAGUACCACGACAGGCUGGUGACACCUGCCUCCUGGAGGUGGUGGACCCCAACUCUUGGGAUUGGGACGAGGAUGACCUGGUCGGUGGAAUCAAACCCAAAUCCUCCCCACUUCCUCGAAGGAAGAGCUCCUCUUCGUCAGAUGACUCGGACCUGGGGCCACCACCCACCCAGUCCAGGAGGGUCUCCUUCGCCGACGCCUUCGGCCUGAAUCUCGUAUCGGUCAAGGAGUUUGACGCCUGGGUCGUGCCAACCCCCUCAGCUUUUGACCCCAUAGAGGGUGAGGCCCAAGCACAAGAAGAGUACUCCCUGUCAUGCCUGUUCACAUUGCCGAACUCUGAGACUGAACUCGCAAAGAUACUUUGGGAGCAGAAGGUAGAGCUGGAAAGCGUGGAGCUGCUUCCAGGGUCCACCACGCUGAGGGGGCUUGUCCAGGUGCUGAACCUCUGCUUCCACAAGACAGUGUAUGUGCGCACCACGCUCGACAGCUGGACCAGCCACUUUGACCUGCUGGCAGAGUUUGUGCCUGGUUCUAGCAAUGGCCAGACAGAUCGAUUCUCCUUCAGGCUCACCCUGGUGCCUCCAUUCGAGAGAGAGGGAGCCAGAGUUGAGUUCUGUCUCCGGUAUGAGACGCCAGUCGGCACUUUCUGGGCAAACAACAGAGGGAUGAAUUAUGUGUUGUUCUGUAAGAAGAAAGAGGAGACGAUGGACAGACUUCAACAGACAGACGUCCCCGACCGGCCCAAGAGAAGCUGUUUGAAAGCGGUCAGCAAGGAACCUCCAUCAGAUGCAUGUCCACCCACACUGUUUGCUGCAAUUCAAGAUGAGCCCAAAGAUAACAAAGUACUGGCCGCCAAAGAAAUGCUGGAAAUACAACUUUCAGAGGUUAUUCAGGAUGAUGAAGAUCAGCAAACAAAGGUGGAUAAUAACCUGAACUGCCGUAGGAGGAGCCAGCGCCGUGCAGCCCGUCUCGCCCAGAUACGAGAAUAUUUUGCCCAAAGGGAGAUGCUGGCUGCCGGGGAAAACAAAGACAUAGCAGCGGAAACAAGUGGCAAGGAGCUGACACUGUUAUGUGAAACCACUCCUCCGCUGCCCCCAGAAAGAGAGGACGAGAGAACAGCGGUGUUAGAGCUGGGAGCCGGUGACAUCUGGAAUGGUUCUGUAAAUAAACAGCAAGAGGAUGCCUCUCCUGAUGUCCCACAAGGUGAAAUCCUCAAACUAGCAGGAAGUGGUCCAUGGGAGGCACUUACUUGUGCCAAGGGGAUAGACACAAUGUCUAGUGCAGUGACAUGUGAAGUUCCUGAAUCUCUGGGGCACCAUCUAGGCUCAGGAGUCCAGUGUGGCGGAACCAGUCAGAUGCGGUUAGUCAGCAACCCAGAUGUAUUUUGUCAGCCAAUCAGGUGCAGUUCAUGGGCUAAUCAGGUGCCUUUAGGUGACCAGUCAGAUGAAGGUCCCCCUGAACUCAGAACCUCUAAUGUCCAGCAGGUAAGAGAGUGGGGCACAAAUACAAGGAGUGACAUCAGCAGUGAUACUAACAGGGAACUAUGCACACAAGACAGCAGAAUCACCAGUGACAAUACAGCUAAGACGACGCUGCCAUCUGACAGCAACAUCUAUAGCAUUGACCCUCCCUUUACCUUUGAGACAUUUGUGGCACCUCUCUACCAGCAGGCGUUCUGCAGAGUGGAAACUGAGAAUCUGGAUUUUGGGGAAGAUGAAGAGGAGGAAGGGGAAGGAUCUGAGGAAAUGGAAGAUGAGAGUCAGUUGUGUAUCACCCAAACCAAUGCUUUGAGUAUUGAUCAUCACUGUGGUCAUUUGACAGACAGUGAUAAAGAGGGGCCAACAGAUAUGCUGGCGUUUCCUGUUUAUGAGCCUGAGGACCAGAACGCCACUGGCCAGUCACUGAGUGUAGACAGAUACAGCGGCGGGAAUACAGAGGACACCUUCGCAAAUAAUGCUGAUGAAUUAAUAGAAAAUUCAUUAGAGGUAAAAGUGGAUGUGGAUGAGUCGGCUGACGAGUCAGCCGCCGGUGUCUUCAAAACAUGUCAGGAGCCAAAGAACACUUCAGAUAGACCUCUGUCCAACAGCAUAGCUCUUGUAGAGCAAAAUAAGGAACAUAUUGGUGAGGAAAAAGAAAAUAAAGAACCCAAAGAUAUAAAGAACAAAGUGAAAGGAGAGGAAAAACACAAGGAAAGAGAAAAAGAGGUGCCCAGACUACAAAGCCUAGUUUUAAUACAUGUGGAAGGAAUAAUAAAUACACAGAAAGAGUUUCUAACAGCAAUUGAAGUGGCACUCAAGGAGGAUAAAGAGAAAUCAUUUUUAGAAGAGGCGGAAGGGGAAAAAGAGACAUCCGUAGACAAAGAAAGUCAUGGGAAAGAGAAGUCACUCAUGAAUGACCAAGAAAAAAGAGAAAGGAACGAAAUAACAGAAAGCGGAGAUGUAGGAGUGGAUGUAUCGCUGAAAAGAGAAGAUCUUGAGGAAGGAGACAGAGAGGUCUAUGGGGAAAAGGAAGACCGUGUGCAUGAAGAGGGAAAAGAACGAGAAGGAGUAUUUAUGGAAGAGGCAUGCCAACUGUAUGAAACAGCAGAAGUAUUCUGCAGAGAAGAUGAAGACGUAGAAGAAGAUGCUGAAGAAGAACCAAAAAUAUAUCAAUAUAUUCCAAAGGAAAAUGGAAAGGAAAGUGACAGGGAUAUGUUACAAGAAAAGGAGGUUAAUUUCCACAUAGAGAGGGAAACAACAUGCAGUAUAAAAGAAGAAUAUGCUUAUAAAAGUGAUUACAUUUUCUUCGGAGGGGAUGAACAUGCAAAUAAUAAAGAAUAUUUAAAUAAGGACAAUGAAGGGAGGGAAGACAUAUUCAGACUCAACGAUAUCCAUGUGCAUGAAAGAAAAAGCAGAGAAAGACAUAAAGUUGAGGGCAUUGCCAAUGAAAUGGUGCAUAAAAAUGAAGAGAUGAGUAUGGAUGAAGGAGCUAUGCUUAGAGAUAAGGUAAAUAUCCAUGUUGGGGAGAUGCUGUGCAGAGAAGAGCAACAGGACACCAAGAAGAGAGAAGGACUGAUGAGGGGAAAUGGAGAGAACAUCAUUGCAGGAAUGGAUGAUCUGGGCAGAGAGAUGGAGGAGGAGGAGGAGGAGGAGGAUGGCAGUUCCCCUGAUUCGCUCAGUGACGACGAGAUGGAGCAACACCUGCUAAGGGUGAAGACCCUCCAUAACACCUCCCACGUAGUCACUGGACACCAAAAGGAUAUGCUGUUGUCUGCUGGCCAAAGGCCCUCAAUAAGCAGAGGCAGGUUGUCACUUAUGGCCUUGUCCUCAAUCAGCGAGUCCCUGAAUGAAGAGUGUGACACCGAGGAGGAGGAACGAGAAGGUUCAUCUCUGAGGAAACCAGGAAGGUCUAAAGAAGGAUCUUAUUAUUAUGACUUCUUUGCCUGUUUUGCACUGUACCUGUUUUCUGUGUACUGGUUAUGCUGCCAUGGGGAGAAGGACAGGUUGAAAGGAGCUGACAGAAUACAGUAG